AUGCGAGGUAAAUUAAUUGUGCUACCAUCGACAUUAAGACAAAGAGCGAUCGAUUUGGCACACAAUGAUGCGCAUCAGGGUAUGGUGAGGACCAAGCAAAGACUUAAAGCUGUAUACUGGUGGCCGGCCAUGGACCGCAUGAUCGAAGAAGCGAUCUCAGGAUGCCACGUAUGUGCCAACAGUGAUCGGACAACAAAACGUCGCGCAGCGCCGAUGGAGCCGACAGCAUUGCCAUCAGAACCAUGGGAGAGACUCGCGGUGGACAUCAUAGGACCGGACGGCUCGUUGGGAGUCCAGAAUCGAUUUGCAGUCGUAAUCAUCGAUUACUACUCCAAGUGGGCAGAGGUAGAACUUAUGUCAGAGGUGUCGGCGGCUCACGUGGUGGAGAUGUUCAGACGCCUGUUUUACAGAGAGGGAAUCCCACGAUACAUCGUAAGCGAUAACGGUGUACAAUUCAUCAGCAGGGAGUUCCAGAAUAUGUUAACGGAAUUCCGAAUACAGCACGUGAAAACCCCGCUGUACCACCCCAUGGCAAACGGACUGUGCGAACGGUUCAAUCGCACGUUGGGAGGGUUCUUCGAAACAGCCAAGGCAACCAACAAAAACAUCCGGCUGGGACUGCGAGAGAUGAUAGGAGCAUACAACGCGACGCCACAAGCAACCACAGGCAAAUCGCCAGCAGAGCUCCUGCAUGGACGUAGGAUGAGAACCCGGGUAGACGUGAUCGGACGACACAUGGAACGCGAGAAAAGUGAUCAGACGCUGCGAAAGCAAGUACUGGAAAAACAGAAUAACCAGAAAACGUACGCAGAUAAUCGAAGAGCGGCGAAAGAAGUCUCAUUCGGGUCGGGCGAUUGGGUGAGAAUCCGAAAAGCGACAGCGGCGAAGGGGGAAAGCAAGUACACGACACCGGUGCAG